AUGUCUGUCCGGACCUCGCGACGCAGCGCGGGUCUGCUCGGCAGCGAGUACGAGGUAUCGAUCGCUGCUCCGCCAGCGUCACACUGCUGCACCGGCAUCAGCGCCUUUCGGCGCCAGGUCGCCUCAUGCACGCUUGCGGGCCUCUCCGUCUUCACGCUGGGAGGCCUCUGCUUUGGGUUUGACUCCGUCUACCCGGUCCUGUACUCGAGCGGCGCUUUCCUCGACCUGUGCGCGGCCGACGAGGCGGCCGCCUGCGCGGCGCGAAGCGGCGAGGAGCGCCAGCGCAGCUGUUGCAAGGCGCAGGCGUCGUCCUUUGUCUCGCUCUCCUCCGUCUCCCUCUUUGCCGCCGACGGAGUGAUGGUCGCGUACGGAGAGCUGAUGGACCGCCGCGGCGCCCGCUGGUGCAUCUCCAUCGCGCUCUGUCUCGUCUGCACCGGCCUCGCUCUGCUCUCGAUUGCCGGCUCGCUCGGCGCGUCCUCCCCGGCCGCACUCUGGUGGAUCGCGUUCCCGCUGAUCGGGCUGGCGGGGCCGGGCGUCUUCAUGGCGGCCCUGUCAUUCGGGGAGGCGCCGCCCAGCCCUGCAGCAGCCACUCACCUCGCGGGUCUCUGCCCACGAGGUCCCCCCGCCGCACGUCCGCAGCUCUUCCCGAACCUCGAGUCCGUCAUCGCCCCGCUGGCGGCGUCCAUGUUUGACGGCUCCGCCUUUGUGUUUCUGCUCUGGAAGCUCCUCUUCUUGCGCGCCGGCCUGCCCCUCUCCGCCAUCGCCGCGGCCUGGCUCUUCCUCUCCGUGCUGGUGGGCGGCUCGACCUGGCGCCUCCCUCUCUUCGCCCGGCGGCACACCCCAGCGGGUCCCCGACUGGCCGCGGGUGUGGGCUCUAGGUCGCUCCUCCUGUCCAAGCGGCAGACCGAAGGGAUGCGGGCGGAGCGCGAGGCGUCCUUCGCCGAGCGGGUCGACGAGCGCGCGCCCGUCUCUGAGCCGGCGCUGAGGGCAGCCGUCGUGUGGCACUCGGAGGGAGACGGGCUGCGCCAGCUGCUCUGCCGGACCGACAGCCUGCUCCUGCUCCUCUUCAUGUGCACCGCAAACCUCAACCAGACUUUCUACCUCGAGACGUUCGCCGACCAGCUCCGCGCGACCGCCGCGAGCGGCGGGUCGCCGCUGCGGCCCGAGCAGGCGGAGCAGAUCGUCGAGCUCUUCGACGUCCUGUACGCCGGGCGAGAGCACGCCUACCUCGGCGCGGUGGUUUGCCUCUCCUGCGCCUUUGGCCUCACCCAGCUGGCGCCGUCGUUCGGGCCGCAGCUCGUCGCCGCCGUCCUCUUUGGGCCGGCGCGCACGCUGCAGUGGGCCUGCUACUUCCACUUCCUCGCUUCGCCCAGCCGCUACCCGCCCGCCGCGAUGGGCCGCGUGGUCGGGUACGCCAACUUGGUUAUCGCUCUCUUCGGCGACCUCCCUCCCAGCUUGCUGGACGCCUACAUACAGCACGGCGCAUUCCCCUCCGACGUGCCCUCCCGCUACGUCGCGGCGCACGCCGUCCUCAUGACGGCCGUCGCCCUCCUCUCGGCGGCGCUGCCGCUGCAGCUCCUCGCCGCGCGCCGCGCCGCUGAGGGGAGGUUGUUGGCGCCGCUCGAGCCGCUCGAGAGCGACGGCAUCAUUGGAGAGCUGCCGCCGUCGAGGCGAGCCCCCCGCGACGGGCUGUCCGACGAGGGAGGCGAGGACGACGAGGCGGCGUGCUUGCGCCCUGCACGCACCUCGUCGUGCAGGAGUGGGCCGGCGAGCCAGAGGAUUCUGAGUACUGCCGCGAGCAGCGCUUCGGCGCGGGGGUUCGCGAACCGCAACAAGCUGUCCGACCUCGUGGUCGCGCACGGCUUCAAAACUGUCAGCACGCCCAUCUUCAAGGAGCUGAAGGAGCUCUUCGAAGAGCUCUGA